AUGGUGACGAUGGCAGGGUUCUAUGGUCUGGAUGAGUCCGACCUGGACAAGGUGUUCCGGCUCCCCACCACCACCUUCAUCGGGGGCAGCGAGAGCGCUCUGCCCCUCAGAGAGAUCAUAAGCCGCCUCGAGGUAAAGUAGAUCCGCCGUAUCGUGUACAACACUCACUUAGUCAUUACUAACAAAAAUAGUGCCCACACUGACCUCACCUCUCUUUUCCUGUCCUGUAGAUGGCGUACUGUCAGUCUAUUGGAGUAGAGUUCAUGUUCAUUAAUGACAUGGAGCAGUGUCAGUGGAUCAGACAGAGGUUUGAGAGGCCAGGUGUCAUGCAGUUCACCCUGGAGGAGAAGAGGACCCUGCUGACCAGAAUGGUUCGAUCCACCAGGUCUGCCUGUCUGUCUGUACGUGUGGUCAUAUGACACAAAAAUAUAGGUUUUUGGCCAUGCACACCAGUAUGUGGCCACAGAACAAUGCAAAUGCAGAAAAUACCUCUUCCCUACUGUAAAAUAUGGUGGUGGAUCUUUGACAUUAUGGGGCUAUUUUGCUUCCACUGGUCUUGGGCUCUUGUUAAGAUCCAAUGGCUUCAUUAACUGUACCCAGUACCAGGACAUUUUAGCCAGAAAUCUGGUUGCCUCUGCCAGGAGGCAGAAACUUGGCCACAAGUGGAUCUUUCAGUAAGACAAUAAUCAAAACACGCACACAUCAAAAUCCACAAAGAAAUUGUUAAUUGAACACAAAAUCAACAUUUUGCCUCUGGACUUAAACCCAAUUUAAAACCUGUGGUUUGAAUUGAAGAGGACAGUCCAUAAGCGCAGAUUAAGGUUAUCAAGGAUCUGGAAAGAUUCUGUAUGGAGGAAUGGUCUAAGAUCCCUCCCAAUGUGUUCUCCAAUCUCAUAAAACAUUUGAGAAAAAGGCUCAGUGUCGUUAUCCUCGCAAGGGGAGGGUGCUGGAGUAUUGGAAACAGGGGAUCCAAUCAUUUUGACCAUCUUUUUGAGAUUUUGUAUGAUUACUUGUUGAACAAAAUCUAUUUUCCUGAGCAAUUAUAUUAGUAUAAAAUAAUAUCAUUUUUAUAAAAUGUUUACAUACAAUAUAGCUCAGUCUUUUUUGCUCUUUAUCAAGGGAUCCAAUAAUUCCAGACCUCACUGUAUAACUCUAGGACUGGAUUCUGGACUGGGUAAAAUUAGUGGGCGGGGCCUAACCUGGUAUGACUUCCUGUUGGUCAGGUUCGAGGAGUUCCUCCAGAGGAAGUGGUCAUCAGAGAAGCGUUUUGGUCUGGAGGGCUGUGAGUCUCUCAUCCCAGCCCUGAAAACCAUCAUCGACAAGUCCAGCAUGAACGGAGUGGAGAGCAUCAUCAUGGGCAUGCCCCACAGGUUCUGUUACCAUGGAAACACCAAUCACAGGCUGCCCCACACGUAGCAUAGCUACGGUAGCACUAGACACCGCUCUCAACCUACUGUUGUAGCUCUCCUGGUUGCUGGGAUCCCGGGAAUAUUCACAGUUUACAUUACAACUACUUACAUGCUGCUUAAACAUGUUCUUUACUGGAAUACCCAGGUAGACUGUUCAUUAGACUUGUAACAUUUACUAUACCGUACAUGAAAGUUAAUCUCUCUUUCUCUCUCUCUCUCUCUCUCUCUCUCUCUCUAGGGGGAGGUUGAAUGUGUUGGCCAAUGUGAUCCGUAAGGAGCUGGAUCAGAUCUUCUGUCAGUUUGACUCCAAGCUGGAGGCUGCUGAUGAGGUAAAUUAUACAGCUAGCAGAGAGUAGGGUCCUGCUCAUUAAUCACCAAACGGGGGGGGGGGGGGGGGGACGACGACGACGACGACAUUGUAACAUGCUGUCCAUUGCUGCCUUAGAAUGGAAACUCCUGGUAACACAGUGGAAUCUCUCCUGGUAACACAAUGGAAACUCUCCUGGUAACACAAUGUGGAACGUGAAUAACAUGGAAAAAGUCUUAUCAUAAGCUAAAGAAAAUGAAAAAGUAGUACUCAUACAAUUCACCUCCAUUUAACUUCUGAACCUCUUUCUCUCUCCCUCCCCUUUAUUUCACAUCAUAUUAUGACUAUAUACAGUGUUGUAACGAUGUGCAAAUAGUUAAAGCACAAAAGGGAAAAUAAAUCAACAUAAAUAUGGGUGUAUUUACAAUGGUGUUUGUUCUUCACUGGUUGCCCUUUUCUUGUGGCAACAGGUCACAAAUCUUGCUGCUGUGAUUGCACUGUGGUAUUUCACCCAAUAGAUAUGCGAGUUGAUCAAAAUUGGAUUAGUUUUUUUUAAAUUCUUUGUGGGUCUGUGUAAUCUGAGGGAAAUAUGUGUCUCUAAUAUGGUCAUACAUUUGGCAGGAGGUUAGGAAGUGCAGCUCAGUUUUCACCUCAUUUUGUGGGCAGUGUGCACAUAGCCUGUCUUCUCUUGAGAGCCAGGUCUGCCUACGGCUGCCUUUCUCAAUAGCAAGGCUAUGCUCACUGAGUCUGUACAGUGCCUUGCAAAAGUAUUCAUCCCCCUUUGCGUUUUUCCUAUUUUGUUGCAUUACAACCUGUAAUUUAUUUUUAUUUGGAUUUCAUUUAAUGGACAUAUACAAAAUAGUCCAAAUUGGUGGUGAAAUGAAAAAAAUAACUUGUUUCAAAAAAUGCAAAAAAAUAAAUAACGGAAGAGUGGUGCGUGCAUAUGUAUUCACCCCCUUUGCUAUGAAGCCCCUAAAUAAGAUCUGGUGCAACCAAUUACCUUCAGAAGUCACAUAGUUAGUUAAAUAAAGUCCACCUGUGUGCAAUCUAAGUUUCACAUGAUCUGUCACAUGAUCUCAGUAUAUAUACACCUGUUCUGAAAGGCCCCAGAGUCUGCAACACCACUAAGCAAGCGGCACCAUGAAGACCAAGGAGCUCUCCAAACAGGUCAGGGACAAAGUUGUGGAGAAGUACAGAUCAGAGUUGGGUUAUAGUCAGUCUUCCAGAGAUUUGAGACUGGGAUCGGAGGUUCACCUUCCAGCAGGACAAUGACCCUAAGCAUACUGCUAAAGCAACACUCGAGUGGUUUAAGGGGAAACAUUUAAAUGUCUUGGAAUGGCCUAGUCAAAGCCCAGACCUCAAUCCAAUUGAGAAUCUGUGGUAUGACUUAAAGAUUGAUGUACACCAGCGGAACCCAUCCAACUUGAAGGAGCUGGAGCAGCUUUGCCUUGAAGAAUGGGCAGAAAUCCCAGUGGCUAGAUGUGCAUAGCUUAUGGAGACAUACCCCAAGAGACUUGCAGCUGUAAUUGCUGCAAAAGGUGGCUCUACAAAGUAUUGACUUUGGGGGGGUGAAUAGUUAUGCACACUCAAGUUUUCUGUUUUUUUGUCUUAUUUCUUGUUUGUUUCACAAAAAAAUCUUCAAAGUGGUAGGCAUGUUGUGUAAAUCAAAUGAUACAAACCCCCCAAAAAUCAAUUUUAAUUCCAGGUUGUAAGGCAACAAAAUAGGAAAAAUGCCAAGGGGGGUGAAUACUUUCGCAAGCCACUGUCAAAGCUUUCCUUAAUUUUGAGUCAGUCACAGUGGUCAGGUAUUCUGCCACUGUGUACUCUCUGUUUAGGGCCAAAUAGCAUUCUAGUUUGCUCUGUUUUUGUUAAUUCUUUCCAAUGUGUCAAGUAAUUCUCUUUUUGUUUUCUCAUGAUUUGGUUGGGUCUAAUUGUGUUGCUGUCCUGGGGCUCUGUGGGGUCUGUUUGUGUUUGUGAACAGAGCCCCGGGACCAGCUUGUUUAGGGGACUCUUCUCCAGGUUCAUUUCUCUGUAGGUGAUGUCUCUCUCUCUCUCUCUCUCUCUCUCUCUCUCUCUCUCUCUCUCUCUCUCUCUCUCUCUCUCUCUCUCUCUCUCUCAAUUUCAAUUUAUGGGCUUUAUUGGCAUGGGAAACAUAUGUUCUUGCUCUCUCUUACUCGCUCUCUCUCCUCCUCCCUAUCAGGGUUCUGGAGAUGUGAAGUACCAUUUGGGGAUGUGGCACCGUAGGAUCAACCGGGUCACUGAUAGGAACAUCACGCUGUCACUCAUGGCUAACCCCUCCCACCUGGAGGCUGUGGACCCCGUGGUGCAGGGCAAGACCAAGGCUGAGCAGUUCUACUCUGGAGACACAGAGGGCAAAAGAGUAUGUACACACACACACAUGCACACAAACACACAAACCGUGUGCAUGAAUAUUUCUGUGUGUUCCAGGUGAUGUCCAUCCUGCUCCAUGGUGAUGCAGCGUUUGCAGGCCAGGGGGUUGUCUACGAGACCUUCCACCUCUCUGACCUGCCCUCCUACACCACACAUGGCACUGUCCAUGUGGUGGUCAACAACCAGGUAACACACAUCCUGCUACACCACCCAAGGCACUGUCCAAGUUCUUCUGAUGAUCUUCAUUUGGUAUAUCGUGUCACAGACUCUUUGACAAAUACUGAUUUUGUGGAGGUGAUGCUUGAAGUGGAUGGGGGGAGUUUUACUGAAAAUGUUGGGUGUUUCUGUAGUGGGGAGGGGCUUACUUACGUAAAUAGAGAUAGCUAGUGUACACAAUAUUUGGUUCUGGGUUUCGAGAUUAACAACCAGGUAACAAACACACUUUAACAGCCCCAUGGAUGGCCUGCUGUUCUCCGUAACCUACACACACACACGCACCCACACACACUCACAAAACCUCCUACAUCACUCACACAUGCAUGCAAGCACAACCACAUUACACGCCCGCUCCCCCCACCCACACACCCUCUAACCACCUGUCUCUCCUCCCUGUAGAUUGGUUUCACAACCGACCCCAGGGUGGCGAGAUCAUCCUCAUACCCUACAGACGUGGCCAAGGUGGUCAACGCCCCCAUCUUCCACGUCAAUGCUGACGACCCCGAGGCUGUCAUGUACGUGUGUAACGUCGCCGCCGAGUGGAGAGCCACCUUUCACAAGGACGUGGUGGUAGACUUGGUGAGUGUGUUCCCUGAUCAGGGUGGUGUUCAUUGGACAGCGGAGUCACUCACCACCUUCCGGAGACAUUUGAAACCCCACCUCUUUAAGGAAUACCUGGGAUAGGAUAAAGUAAUCCUUCUACCCCCCCCCAAAAAAUAAAUACAUUGUAAAGUGGUUAUCCCACAAUAAGGUGAAUGCACCUAUUUGUAAGUCGCUCUGGAUAAGAGCGUCUGCUAAAUGACGUAAAUGUAAUGUAAAUGUAAUUAGGCAAACGGAAGAAAACUGACUGAAACAGGAUUUUCGUUGUCAGUUUACCUCUUAACCUGACAGUCCCUGAAAUCGGGCACUAGAAUUACUUUUAAAAAAUAUGUACAUUUUUACAUUUACAUUUUAGUCAUUUAGCAGACGCUCUUAUCCAGAGCGACUUACAGUGCAUACAUUAAUAUAUAUAUAUAUAUAUAUAUUUUUUCAUACCCCCUGUGGGAAUCGAACCCACAACCAUGGCGUUGCAAACACCAUGCUCUAUCAACUGAGCUACAUCCCUGCAGGCCAUUCCCUCCCCUACCCUGGACGACGCUGGGCCAAUUGCGCGCCGCCCCACGGGUCUCCCGGUCGCGGCCGGCUACGACAGAGCCUGGAUUCGAACCAGGAUCUCUAGUGGCACAGCUAGCACUGUGUUGCAGUACCUUAGACCACUGCGCCACUCGUAUAUGUUUACAUGACUUCUUUUAUUGAUUUCCCACCGUUUUAUGUCAGAAGACUGCAAUCCAGACCUUUCAAGGACCAUGUAAACAUGCUCGGUCGAAUAAACUUGUAUUUGCCUCCCUCUGGUGGUCAGCUGCAGCAUUACAUCGAUUUAUAUAACUUCACUGCAACGUUAUGUCAAAAGGGGAGUUACUUAGAAAAACAUGUAUCCAGCUCGACUGCUUCACAGCACAGACAUGGCAAAGCAAUAGCUAAAUAUGUCUCGAGCAGGCGGAUCUAAAUACAUAACUUGCAUAGCUAUACGAUAAAGAAUGCAACCUACACACUUCCUAAAAUAAGUAAAGAAGUAAUUUUGUGUAAAAGUGAAACAUUUGUUUUAUGUCGGAGGCAGACACAUUGCAUACAGUACCAUUUUAAAAGUUUGGACACACCUACUCAUUCAAGGGUUUUUCUUUAUUUUUACUAUUUUCCACAUUGCAGGAUAAUAGUGAAGACAUCAAAACUAUGAAAUAACACAUAUGGAAUCAUGUAGUAACCAUAAAAGUGUUAAACAAAUUAAAAUAUAUUUUAGAUUUUUCAAAGUAGCCACCCUUUGCCUUGAUGACAGCUUUGCACACUCUUGGCAUUCUCUCAACCAGCUUCACCUGGAAUGCUUUUCCAACAGUCUUGAAGGAGUUCCCACAUAUGCUGAGCACUUGUUGGCUGCUUUUCCUUCACUCUGCAGUCCAACUCAUCCCAAACCAUCUCAAUUGGGUUGAGGUCGGGUGAUUGUGGAGGCCAGGUCAUCUAAUGCAGCACUCCAUCACUCUCCUUCUUGGUCAAAUAGUCCUUACACAGCCUGGAGGUGUGUUGGGUCAUUGUCCUGUUGGAAACAAAUGAUAGUCCCACUAAGCGCAAACCAGAUGGGAUGGCUUAUCGCUGCAGAAUUCUGUGGUAGCCAUGCUGGUUAACUGUGCCUUGAAUUCUAAAUAAAUCACGAUAGUGUCACCAGCAAAGCACCCCUACACCAUCACACCUCCUCCAUGCUUCACGGUGGGAACCACAUAUGCGGAGAUCAUCCGUUCACCUACUCUGCGUCUCACAAAGACACGGCGGUUGGAACCAAAAAUCUCAAAUUUGGACUCAUCAGACCAAAGGACAGAUUUCCACCGGCCCAAGCAAGUCUCUUCUUCUUAUUGGUGUCCUUUUAGUAGUGGUUUCUUUGCAGCAAUUCGACCAUGAAGGCCUGUUUCACGCAGUAUCCUCUGAACAGUUGAUGUUGAGAUGUGUCUGUUACUUGAACUCUUUGAAGCGUUUAUUUGGGCUGCAAUUUCUGAGGCUGGUAACUCUAAUGAACUUAUCCUCUGCAGCAGAGGUAACUCUGGGUCUUCCUUUCCUGUGGCGGUCCUCAUGAGAGCCAGUUUCAUCAUAGCGCUUGAUGGAUUUUGCGACUGCACUUGAAGAAACGUUCAAAGUUCUUGAAAUGUUCCGUAUUGACUGACCUUCAUGUCUUAAAGUAAUGAUGGACUGUCAUUUCUCUUUGCUUAUUUCAGCUGUUCUUGCCAUAAUAUGGACUUGGUCUUUUACUAAAUAGGGCUAUCUUCUGUAUUCCACCCCUACCUUGUCACAACACAACUAAUUGGCUCAAACGCAUUAAGAAGGAAAGAAAUACCACAAAUUAACUUUUAACAGGGUACACCUGUUAAAUUAAAUGCAUUCCAGGUGACUACCUCAUGAAGCUGGUUGAGAGAAUGCCAAGAGUGUGCAAAGCUGUCAUCAAGACAAAGGGUGGCUACUUUGAAGAAUCUCAAAUAUAACAUAUUUUGAUUUAACACUUUUUUGGUUACUACAUGAUUCCAUAUGUGUUAUUUCAUAGUUUUGAUGUCUUCACUAUUAUUCUACAAUGUAGAAAAUGGUAAAAAUAAAGAAAAACCCUUGAAUGAGUAGGUGUGUCCAAACUUUUGACUGGUACUGUAUGCUCAGAAUGACAAAAUGGAGUCCUUUACAUAGCCCUUCUCCCCUUGUCUAUAGGAGGGACGCACACUGUUUAAAUGGCCCAAAUGUUGAUUCAGACUUUCACAAAUGUAACAGAUUUUGACUAUCACUAAUGUCAUGAUAUGUUUGGUAAAGUAAUAAAGUUAAAUAUUUUGGGUAGAUUUUCCUAAAACAGAUUAGCUAUAUAUGGACAUAUUAUAAAGUAUGAAAAGGCUUAUUCAUUCACAAAACAAAUAGAUUUGAUCACAUCAUCAUAUUUGUAUAUGUUUUAUUAUACUUCUAUUGUGUACUAGGUCAUAUGGGUUGAAUUAUUAUUUAUUUUUUUUCUCAGACAUAAAUAAACAAUUCCAGGUGAAAGCCAAAGGUCAUACAGUGAGGGGAAAAAAGUAUUUGAUCCCCUGCUAUUUUUGUAAUUUUGCCCACUGACAAAGACAUGAUCAGUCUAUAAUUUUAAUGGUAGGUUUAUUUGAACAGUGAGAGACAGAAUAACAACAAACAAAUCCAGAAAAACGCAUGUCAAAUAUGUUAUAAAUUGAUUUGCAUUUUAAUGAGGGAAAUAAGUAUUUAACCCCUCUGCAAAACAUGACUUAGUACUUGGUGGCAAAACCCUUGUUGGCAAUCACAGAGGUCAGACGUUUCUUGUAGUUGGCCACCAGGAUUGCACACAUCUCAGGAGGAAUUUUGUCCCACUUCUCUUUGCAGAUCUUCUCCAAGUCAUUAAGGUUUCGAGGCUGACGUUUGGCAACUCAAACCUUCAGCUCCCUCCACAGAUUUUUCUAUGCGAUUAAGGUCUGGAGACUGGCUAGGCCACUCCAGGACCUUAAUGUGCUUCUUCUUGAGCCACUCCUUUGUUGCCUUGGCCGUGUGUUUUGGGUCAUUGUCAUGCUGGAAUACCCAUCCACGACCCAUUUUCAAUGCCCUGGCUGAAGGAAGGAGGUUCUCACCCAAGAUUUGAUGGUACAUGGCCCCGUCCAUCGUCCCUUUGAUGCAGUGAAUUUGUCCUGUCCCCUUAGCAGAAAAACACCCCCAAAGCAUAAUGUUUCCACCUCCAUGUUUUACGGUGGGGAUGGUGUUCUUGGGGUCAUAGGCAGCAUUCCUCCUCCUCCAAACACGGCGAGUUGAGUUGAUGCCAAAGAGCUUAAUUUUGGUCUCAUCUGACCACAACACUUUCACCCAGUUCUCCUCUGAAUCAUUCAGAUGUUCAUUGGCAAACUUCAGACAGGCCUGUAUAUGUGCUUUCUUGAGCAGGGGGACCUUGCGGGCGCUGCAGGAUUUCAGUCCUUCACGGCGUGGUGUGUUACCAAUUGUUUUCUUGGUGACUAUGGUCCCAGCUGCCUUGAGAUCAUUGACAAGAUCCUCCCGUGUAGUUCUGGGCUGAUUCCUCACCGUUCUCAUGAUCAUUGCAACUCCACGAGGUGAGAUCUUGCAUGGAGCCCCAGGCCGAGGGAGAUUGACAGUUCUUUUGUGUUUCUUCCAUUUGCGAAUAAUCGCACCAACUGUUGUCACCUUCUCACCAAGCUGCUUGGCGAUGGUCUUGUAGCCCAUUCCAGCCUUGUGUAGGUCUACAAUCUGGUCCCUGACAUCCUUCGAGAGCUCUUUGGUCUUGGCCAUGGUGGAGAGUUUGGAAUCUGAUUGAUUGAUUGCUUCUGUGGACAGGUGUCUUUUAUACAUGUAACAAACUGAGAUUAGGAGCACUCCCUUUAAGAGUAUGCUCCUAAUCUCAGCUCGUUACCUGUAUAAAAGACACCUGGGAGCCAAAAAUCUUUCUGAUUGAGAGGGGGUCAAAUACUUAUUUCCCUCAUUAAAAUGCAAAUCAAUUUAUAACAUUUUUGACAUGUGUUUUUCUGGAUUUUGUUGUUGUUAUUCUGUCUCUCACUGUUCAAAUAAACCUACCAUUAAAAUUAUAGACUGAUUAUUUCUUUGUCAGUGGGCAAACUUACAAAAUCAGCAGGGGAUCAAAUACUUUUUUCCCUCACUGUAGCUUUCUAGGGGGGGAAACACUACUACAUUAAUAAAAUAUUGCCCUCUUGCGUAUUGAUGACUAAAGCUAUAGCGAAACAGUGCAAAUGUCUGUCAGCUCUUAAUAACGUUUUCUGUUGCGUGCCCCACUGAACGUCACCAAGGUGUGUUCCUAUAGUGUAAUCGUCUUAAUCAGAUGAAUGAGCCAAUGUUUACACACCCUUCCGAUCUCUGUGUGUGUGUGGACCCUCCAGGUGUGUUACAGGCGUAACGGCCACAAUGAGAUGGAUGAGCCCAUGUUUACACACCCUUCUGAUCUCUGUGUGUGUGUGUGCCCUCCAGGUGUGUUACAGGCGUAACGGCCACAAUGAGAUGGAUGAGCCCAUGUUCACUCAGCCUCUGAUGUACAAGCAGAUCAAGAAGCAGAAAGGAGUCCUCCAGAAAUACUCUGAGAAACUCCUAGCAGAGGGAGCAGUCACCAGACAGGACUAUGAGGUAACACAUUCUGCCAUAUAUACUAUAUACCCAUAUAUAUGCCCAUAUAAAUCAUAUACCAUAAACAACAUUUUACAUUUAGGUCAUUUAUCAGACGCUCUUAUCCAGAGCAUACAUUUUCAUAUUUGUUCGUACUGGUCCCCCAUGGGAAUCGAACCCAAAACCCUAGCGUUGCAUGUGCCAUGCUCUAUCUACCAUGUGACCCACACAAACCUUACAAACCUGUACUUAGAUAUCAUAUUCUGUCCUCUGUCUUUACAUAAAAUACUAUCCUGAAUGAAAUAGAAUGUACUCACUGAUUGACAUGAGGUGGCGAGGUGGUGUGUUGAGUAUAACUUAAUUCAACAUUAAAUGGAUAUUAACCCUUCCCCUCUGUAGGAAGAGAUAGCAAAGUAUGACAAGAUCUGUGAGGAGGCUCAUGCUCGCUCUAAAGACGAGAAGAUUCUACACAUCAAACACUGGCUGGACUCGCCCUGGCCCGGUCAGUGUGUGUGUGUGUGUGUGUGUGUGUGCGUGCAUGCACCUACAGUAAGUUUUACAAUAUAUAGUAAGUGCAUAUACAGUACCAGUCAAACGUUUGGACACACCUACUCAUUCAAGGGUUUUUCUUUAUUUUUACAUUGUAGAAUAAUAGUGAAGACAUCAAACCUAUGAAAUUACAUAUGGAAUCAUGUAGUAACCAAAAAAGUGUUACACAAAUCAAAAUAUGUUAUAUUUGCGAUUCUUCAAAGUAGCCACCUUUGGCCUUGAUGACAGCUUUGCACACUCUUGGCAUUCUCUCCACCAGCUUCACCUGGAAUGCUUUUCCAACAGUCUUGAAGGAGUUCCCACAUAUGCUGAGCACUUGUUGGCUGCUUUUCCUUCACUCUGCAGUCCAACUCAUCCCAAACCAACUCAAUUGGGUUGAGGUUGGGUGAUUGUGGAGGCCAGGUCGUCUGAUGCAGCACUCCAUCACUCUCCUUAUUGGUCAAAUAGCCCUUACACAGCCUGGAGGUGUGUUUUGGGUCAUUGUCCUGUUGAAAAACAAAUGAUCCCACUAAGCGCAAACCAGAUGGGAUGGCGUAUUGCAGCAGAAUGCUGUGGUAGCCAUGCUGGUUAAGUGUGCCUUGAAUUCUAAAUAAAUCACAUACAGUGUCACCAGCAAAGCACCCCCACACCAUCACACCUCCUCCUCCAUGCUUCACGGUGGGAACCAUACAUGCAGAGAUCAUCCGUUCACCUACUCUGCGCCUCACAAAGACACGGCGGUUGGAACCAAAAAUCUCAAAUAUUGACUCAUCAGACCAAAGGACAUAUUUCCACCGGUCUACAUUUUACAUUUUAAUCAUUUAGCAGACGCUCUUAUACAGAGCGACUUACAGUUAGUGAGUGCAUACAUUUACAUACUGGCCCCCCGUGGGAAACGAACCCACAACCCUGGCUAUUCAAGCGCCAUGCUCUACCAACUGAGCUACAGGGGACCUAUGUCCAUUGCUCGUGUUUCUUGGCCCAAGCAAGUCUCUUCUUCUUAUUGGUGUCCUUUUAGUAGUGGUUUCUUUGCAGCAAUUCGACCAUGAAGGCCUGUUUCACGCAGUAUCCUCUGAACAGUUGAUGUUGAGAUGUGUCUGUUACUUGAACUCUUUGAAGCGUUUAUUUGGGCUGCAAUUUCUGAGGCUGGUAACUCUAAUGAACUUAUCCUCUGCAGCAGAGGUAACUCUGGGUCUUCCUUUCCUGUGGCGGUCCUCAUGAGAGCCAGUUUCAUCAUAGCGCUUGAUGGUUUUUGCGACUGCACUUGAAGAAACGUUCAAAGUUCUUGAAAUGUUCCGUAUUGACUGACCUUCAUGUCUUAAAGUAAUGAUGGACUGUCAUUUCUCUUUGCUUAUUUCAGCUGUUUUUGCCAUAAUAUGGACUUGGUCUUUUACUAAAUAGGGCUAUCUUCUGUAUUCCACCCCUACCUUGUCACAACACAACUAAUUGGCUCAAAAGAAGGAAAGAAAUUCCACAAAUUAACUUUUAACAGGGUACACCUGUAAAUUGAAAUGCAUUCCAGGUGACUACCUCAUGAAGCUGGUUGAAAGAAUGCCAAGAGUGUGCAAAGCUGUCAUCAAGACAAAGGGUGGCUACUUUGAAGAAUCUCAAAUAGAAAAUAUAUUUUGAUUUGUUUAACACUUUGUUUUGGUUACUACAUGAUUCCAUAUGUGAAUUACAUAGUUUUGAUGUCUUCACUAUUAUUCUACAAUGUAGAAAAUAGUAAAAAUAAAGAAAAACCCGGGAAUUAGUAGGUGUGUCCAAACUUUUGACUGGUACUGUAUGUGUAUAUGUUAAAAUCUCUAGACAGACACUAACAACAUGUAUCUUUCUCUAUCUCUCUGUGUUUGUGUGUGCCUGCAUGCGUGUGUGUGUGUGCGCGCGUGUGUAGGUUUCUUCAACGUGGACGGCCAGCCUAAGAGUAUGACCAGUCUGUCUACAGGCCUGCCUGAGGAGGAGCUGGGACACAUAGGACACAUCGCUUCAUCUGUCCCCGUGGAAGACUUCACCAUACACGGAGGUACUGAUACACACACACACACACACACAGGGAUGCAUGCAUUCACACACACAAGCUCACACACCAAAUGCAUACGGAAGCACACAUGCACCCACACACGCACGUACACACACACACAAUACCUGUGGAAGACAAGUACAUAUCCCCAUCCAUCUGUGUGUGUGGUUCAGGUCUGAGUCGUAUAUUAAAGGGUCGUGCAGUGAUGGUGGGCCAGCGUGUGUGUGACUGGGCUCUAGGAGAGUACAUGGCCUUUGGCUCACUGCUCAAGGAGGGAACACACAUACGUCUCAGCGGACAGGACGUGGAGAGAGGAACCUUCAGGUACUAAUGUCACCCUUAGGUCAGCCUAUGUCACUGUUAUGACUAUGUUGUGCGUAAGUUAGUUGCUUGACAGUGUUGUGUAGUAUGAGUAUUCUAUAGUAAGGUGUCUUUCAGGAAACCAGGGAUACAUAACUGGAUGUUAUGUUGGUUUAAUGAACAUGUAGCUAAAGCAGUACUGUCACAGUUUGGUGGUGUGUUAACUUCUGUCGCUGUACUCCUCUCCAUCUCUCUUUACCCCUCUCUCCCUCUCUUUUUACCCCUCUCUCCCUCUCUCUUUACCCCUCUCUCCCUCUCUUUACCCUUCUCUCCCUCUCUUUUUACCCCUCUCUCCCUCUUUUUCUCCACCCAUCCUUCUCCCAUCCCUCUCUAUAUUUGCCUCUCUUUCUCUCCUCUCUCUCUCUCUCUCCCUCCAUCCCUCUCUCUACAGUCACAGGCACCAUGUUCUCCAUGACCAGAACGUUGAUAAGAGGAUCUGUAUUCCCAUGAACCACAUCUCUCCUAACCAGGCUCCAUACACCGUCUGUAACAGCUCUCUGUCUGAGUAUGGAGUACUGGGUUAGCACACUCACGGACACAUGCACACACGGACAGACGGACGCACGGAUGCACACACACGGACCUACGGACAGACGGAAAAACGGACGCACACACACUGACGGACACACACGCACGCACGGACGGACGCACACAUACAGUCUUGAUUUAUUAACGUUGUGGGGACACACAAUUGAUUCCAAUUCAAAAUCCUAUUUUCCUUAAACCUUACCCUAUAACCUUAAACCUAACUUCUAACCUUUAACCCUUAUUCUAACCCUAACACUAAUUCUAACCCUAUACCCACUAGAAAUAUACUUUUUCCUUGUGGGGACUGGCAAAAUGUCCCCAGUUGGUCAAAUACAUUUUUGUUUACUAUUCUUAUGGGAAUUCCACAAGUAUAGUUAAACAUGUACACACACACACACACACGUACAUACAGUAUAUGCACAGAUUCAUAUACAUACAGUAUAUGCACAGAUUCAUAUACAUACAGUAUAUGCACAGAUUCAUAUACAUACAGUAUAUGCACAGAUUCAUAUACAUACAGUAUAUGCACAGAUUCAUAUACAUACAGUAUAUGCACAGAUUCAUAUACAUACAGUAUAUGCACAGAUUCAUAUACAUACAGUAUAUGCACAGAUUCAUAUACAUACAGAUGCAGCCUAUUAUUUUGCGCAUUAUGCCACAGCAUUAUGGGGGUUGUCUGGUGACAGCAUUAUGGGGGUUGUCUGGUGACAGCAUGCCACAACAUUAUGGGGGUUGUCUGGUGACAGCAUGCCACAGCAUUAUGGGGGUUGUCUGGUGACAGCAUGCCACAGCAUUAUGGGGGUUGUCUGGUGACAGCAUGCCACAGCAUUAUGGGGGUUGUCUGGUGACAGCAUUAUGGGGGUUGUCUGGUGACAGCAUGCCACAGCAUUAUGGGGGUUGUCUGGUGACAGCAUGCCACAACAUUAUGGGGGUUGUCUGGUGACAGCAUGCCACAGCAUUAUGGGGGUUGUCUGGUGACAGCAUUAUGGGGGGUUGUCUGGCCACAUCAUGCCACAGCAUUAUGGGGGUUGUCUGGUGACAGCAUGCAACAGCAUUAUGGGGGUUGUCUGGUGACAGCAUUAUGGGGGUUGUCUGUUUUGUUAGUUAGUAUCCUCAUUCCUUCUGACCUGAACAACCCCCCAUCCUCUCUCUCUCUCUCUCUCUUUCUCUGUCCCUCUCUCCCCCUUUAUCUCUAGGUUUUGAGCUGGGUUUUGCCAUGGCCAGUCCCAAUGCAUUGGUUCUAUGGGAGGCCCAGUUUGGAGACUUCCACAACACAGCCCAGUGUAUUAUAGACCAGUUCAUCUGCCCAGGACAGGCCAAGUGGGUCAGACAGAACGGAAUAGUCCUGCUGCUGCCCCACGGCAUGGAGGGAAUGGUAGGGACUAGUUUUAUGUCUGUCUGCCUGCCAUAGUCUCUGAGAACAGAAUAGUACUGCAGCUCCUAUCUCUGUCUCUCUAAAUGUCGGUGUCCGUUUGGGAAAAAAUCUGUUGACACAUGUGGAUGAUAAACUACAUAUCCCAUGAUUCUUCACUCAGGGUCCAGAGCACUCCUCGGCCCGACCAGAGAGGUUCCUGCAGAUGUGUAACGAAGACCCAGAUGCCUACCCUGUAAGUGUUUGUGUUUGUGCAUGUUAGAGAGAGAAAGACCAUGUAGGAGUGUUUGUGUGCAUUUGUGCACGUCCGAGAGACAGCGAGAGCGAGGGAGUCUCUAAACGUGUGUGUUUAUGCCCUGUCCCUUCUCUCGUCUAAUAGAAAUUCUCUGCUGAGGAGUUUGCAGUGCGUCAGCUGUAUGACUGUAACUGGAUCAUAGUCAACUGCUCUACUCCAGCUAACUACUUCCACGUCCUCCGCAGACAAAUACUACAGCCAUUCAGGAAGCCUGUGAGUGUCAGACACACACACUCUGCCUCACAUACUUUGUACACAGAGGCUUCAUACCUAUAUUGCCCUUUUACUAACCUCAUUUUAUUUAUUCUCUCUGUCCUCCAGCUGAUAGUCUUUACCCCCAAGUCUCUGCUGCGCCACCCAGAGGCCAAGUCCAGCUUUGACGACAUGCUGCCAGGUGAGAGAUGGAGGGAUGGAGGGAGAGAGUGGAAGAUGAGUGGGGCUCAUUGGGUUUUGAGGAGGAGGCGAGGAGAGAGGAUGUGAGGACUCAAGGAAAUAUUAUUUGAGAAACAGCCACAGUGUCUCUGACGUGUGUGUGUUUCAGGUACCCACUUCCAGCGUCUGAUCCCAGACAGUGGUCCUGUGUGUGAGAAGCCAGAGGGGGUGAAGAGGAUUGUGUUCUGUACUGGGAAGGUCUACUAUGAACUGACCCGAGAACGCAACAACAGAGGCAUGGAUGAUACUGUGGCCAUUGCACGCAUAGAGCAGGUACACACACACACACACACACACACACACACACACACACACACACACACACACACAUUUCCAAUCUCACCUCUCUCUCCUCUUGCUCUCCUCCCUCCCUCUCUCUCUCUCUCUCUCUCUCUCUCUCUCUCUUCCUCCAGCUCUCUCCAUUUCCAUUUGACCAGGUGAAAGUGGAGACACAUCGUUAUCCUAACGCUGACCUGGUGUGGUGCCAGGAAGAACACAAGAACCAGGGUUACUAUGACUAUGUCAAACCCCGCCUACGAACCACCGUUGACUGCACCCGCUCCGUUUGGUACAACCCACCCUCCUUCUCUCAUACAGCACCUGCUCAGGGAAAGAUACCAUUGAGUGAUUUGAUGAAACGUGGGGGGAAUAGACCUGUGUAUUGUAUUAAUUGUGUGCUCUAUUCUUUUUUGUGUGUGUGUGUGUGUGUGUGUGUGUGUGUGUUUGUGUAGGUAUGCUGGUCGUGGACCAGCAGCAGCUCCAGCUACGGGGAACAAAGCAGCUCACCUGGUGGAGUUACAACACUUCCUAGAUACAGCUUUUAACCUGGACGCUUUCACUUUUAUACCCUAA